AUGAGUGAAAUGAAAUUGGAGUAUGACGAAGGUGGAGAAAUGUUUCUUUAUUUUAUUGUCCCUGUUUAUGCAUUCAUUCUUUUGCCAGUAACAUAUUGGUUAUGGCCUAAGAUAGAAGAAAGGAAAAUUGUACCACAUCCCACAGAUACAUACGAUUUUGCUCCAUAUCGCAAUAAAUAUCGAUUAUUGCAUGCAAAUGAACAUAAUCGAAAACGACAAGCAAUACUAACUAAAAUUGGUUUAGUCGUAGCAUGCAUUUUUUUAUUAAUUCUUAUUUAUCGUGUAUCAUUAAUUAAAAUUGAAAAUGGAGAAUAUGAUCCAUUUGCAGUAUUGGGUGUUGAUCAAGAAGCGCCAAUCAAAAAGUUUAAAGAAAUAGCUGAAGCAUAUAAAACAUUAACUGAUGAAGAAGCAAGAGAAAAUUGGAGAGAAUAUGGAAAUCCGGAUGGACGAAGAGUGGUACGUGUGGGUUUUGCUAUACCAAAAUGGUUUGUUGAUCGUCAAAAUUUAAGUGCACAAUUUUAUGGUGUUAAUCGGGUGACAAGAUCGAAAUCAACAGCUGCAGGUGGACCAGCUAACAUUAAACGACCACAGCAAUUAUCACUAUAA